CAGCCGUUUUUCUUGGUGUCCUUACUAAGGGGUGUACCACUUGACCUCUUCCACUCAAAAAGUUCGUAUCCGCCGGCACUUGCGAACCGCGCGUUGCGUGGAGACCCGAAGACUGGACCCGCGUCAAAAAAAGAGCGAUCUCGACUCAAGUCCCGCCACCGUUCUGGACCCGCCUCUCCAACUUCAGCCCCUCGCCUCGCCCGGCCCUAUCCGCAGUUUGGACGUUCCUCGCUACCUGACCUGCUUGGCUCUGUGACGGGACAUCCGCGCUUGCUGGCCACCCCCUCCUCGAAAAUUCGAAAACCAUCCUCUCCUAUAAAUAACAAAAAAGAGGAAGGCCUGACGGUUUCCCAUAACUGUCAGGUUUCUUCACAUCGCACGCAGUUUUGUGGUCGCUAUUGAGGAGCCCAGACAACGCCACCAACUCUUUUUUGGCGUGUGCACAUCUGCAGUGACUUGUGAAGGAUUUGCCUUCGCAGCGUCCUCUUCUUUCCCACUUGCUCGUUCUUUGGGCUCACGCGAAAACGGUCUUCUGGGAAACUUUCGUUCAGGCAACCCACGCCCGGUCACCGAUUUUGCCUGAACUCCCAACUUUGCGUCUCUCAACAUCGCGUCUCAGCCGAUUCUGAGAGUCGAGAAUUCUUCAAGGUCCAAUUCUCGCUGAGUGCGACUUCUCUAUACAAGUCGCUCGCUUAUACCCCUUUGGGAAGGAACCCUUGCGCAUACAAACAGCACAAUCACAAUGGCCGCCGCUGCUCGGACUGCCCGCCUGGCCCCGCGCCUCGCCGCGAUCUCGAGCCGGGCUCUCACCCGCCCCGCCGUCGCUUCGGCUGCCCAACGCGCUGCAUUUUCCGUGUCGGCCAGGCGCUCCAAGUCCGAGGUGAUCAAGGAGACUGAGGUCCCCGUGUCUGUCUACAAUCCGGAUGCUAAGGGCAUCGCGUCGUCUACCUCGGACCACUUCAAGAUUCCCGUUCAGCCUGCUGCUCCCGCCGCGGAGCCCAUCGCUGAGGAUGACGAUUCGGUCACGCCGCUGCAGGAGAAGGUGUACCGCCAGAUGCCACGCACGCUCCAGAAGAUGAGUGUCAUGGGCAAGGUCAUCAUCAUCACGGGCGGUGCCCGUGGUCUCGGAAACCACAUGGCUCGUGCCUGCGCCGAAGCCGGUGCCAAGGCCAUCGCCAUCUUCGACGCCAACCAGGAGCUCGGUGACGAGGCUGCGGCCGAGCUGCACCAAAAGACCGGUCUGCCCGUCUCGUUCUUUAAGGUGGAUGUGCGCGACGGGAAUGCCAUCAAUGCCGCCGUGCAGAACGUGGUCGACCUCUACGGCACGCCCGACGUGCUGGUCAACUCAGCCGGCAUCGCCGACUCCAACAUCAAGGCCGAGAACUACGACCCGGCCAUGUUCCGCCGCCUCAUCGACAUCAACCUGAACGGCUCCUUCCUCAUGUCCCAGGCCGUCGGCCGCGCCAUGAUGGCCGCCGGCAAGCCCGGCUCCAUCAUCCUGGUCGCCUCCAUGUCCGGCUCCAUCGUCAACUACCCGCAGGAGCAGUCAUGCUACAACGCUUCCAAGGCCGGUGUGAUUCAGCUCGGCAAGUCGCUCGCUGCUGAGUGGGCCAAGUACAACAUCCGCGUCAACUGCAUCUCGCCCGGCUACAUGGACACUGCCCUGAACAAGGUUCCCGCCCUCGACGCCCAGAAGAAGAUCUGGAAGUCGCUCACGCCGCAGAACCGCCUCGGCGCCGUCGACGAGCUCAACGGCCUCUGCGUCUUCCUGGCCUCGGACGCCUCGAGCUUCAUGACCGGCUCCAACGUCAUCAUUGAUGGCGGCUACACGCUCUACUGAGCGGCUCGUUCUGGGGGGGACGUGUGGUUGCCUUCACGGAUCGGCGGGGAUACCCUAAUAGACGGCAUACUGGGAUUUGUUUGGGGUUUUCGGAACCGGUUUCUUCCGGCCACAGCGGUUUGAUCUAAUGAGUGGACUGCGGGAAGGAUAUCCGUCCGCUGGAGCACAGGUCGGUGAGUUGCUACGGGAACGGAACUUCUCUUUUUUCUUGUUCUUUCCGGGUUCUCACGGUCUGGCUUGGCGCCUGCUUUCUUUGGGCUUCAACGACUGGCGCACGGCAGG